AUGGCAGAGAUAGCCAUCGGCAUCAUUUCACUCUCCAUCCCAAUCUGCCAAGGCCUCAUCAGUUACAUCGAUGGCUUCAAGAACGCGAAGAGCAAGGCUGAACAAAUCCGCUCCGAAUCUGAGAGGCUGGCAAGUCUUCUAGAGCUACUCGAUAACACUAUCGGUAAACUGGAUCAUAACGAAUGUGUUACCGCUAGUCGCACUGGAAUCAUUGCCUGCGCGAGUGCCUUGGAGUCGAUAAGGAAGAGCGUGGGCGAACCCACCAAGGUUGUGGGAUCGAAGCCACGAUUUAGCUUCCAAGUUUUGGCUAAGCGCUUUGCUGCACCAUUCAAGGAAGCAGACGUGAAAUACAGGAAGGAUGUGCUCAGCAACCAACAACGGCGAGAUGCUGAGAAAGUCGAAUGUCUCAUCACUCAGCUAGCUCGAAGCAACCACGACAGCAUGCAACAAAUUCUAACCCGUCACCAAGACUUCGCACAAUCGACUUUAUCAUACAAUGACGAGCAAAGACUACUAUCGCAGCAUGAGACUACUGCCAGUGAGCAACGGGUUGAGUCAUUCCGACACGAUAUUGCGAGCGCAUCAAAGCUAGACUCGACCUCAUCAGAAUCCGCAACUCCAGCCCUCCAAACAAUCUCACAGAUCAGGCUUAGGAAGAAAAUGCGACGACCCGAACCUAGACGCUGCAGUUGUCACCGUGACGGUGCAUCCCGCACAUUGCUUCGAUGGCCCGUAUCAAUCGCACUUGCGUCGUCCUUUCGUCACAACGCAAAUUGCCCUCUAGCAACUUCACAAGAAGUCAUGAGGGACUUGAGACUUGAAUUGUCAAUCUAUAGCUUCUUGCUAAGAAAGCAGUUCAAGAUCGCGCUGGGAUACCAAAGCAAUGCGUCAUCGAUAUCUAUUGCGAAUAGUCUGCAAUGCAUCCGAUUCGUUACAAAAGACUCACCAGGUUUCAGACUAUUGGAAGAUUUGAUCACGAGUAAUGAGGGCAGCGAAUGGAAGAUUCAUUUCUCCAAGCUUGAUGACUGCGCGAACCGAAUGUACAGACUUUUCGAAACGCGGCAGGCAUCGCCAAGUGAUCGUUUGCUCGACGGCCGCACACUUCUUCAUUUUGUGUGUGAUAUCACCACAAGAUUUCUCUGGCGCCGCAUAUCCGAUUCCCAGAUUUCCGAGCAAGCGACAACGAAAACGAAAAACAUGGUAGUUCAGCUUUUUAACUAUAUGCCUUUGCAAAUGAAUGAGACCGAUAAACGCGGCAGAACGGUCCUAGAUUUUAUUGUGACUUUCGUUCCCGGAGUUUAUUUAUCAGCUUUCCUGGAUCUUUUCAGAUAUGACGUGCCGAUCACCCGUCACCCUUCAUCGAUCAUGUUGCCCAUCACAGACGAAAUGAGCCAUGGUAUACGAUUAAUCUUGCUGCGUGCAAGGGAUGAUUUCUACAGCUUCAUACAAGAAACAAAAGGAGAUCCGUCCUUGUUAGGAAACUUCACGCUGUAUGAAUUGGCAACUCGCGUCGGGUGGCUGGAAGGAUGCCAAAUUAUGCACGAGGCUGGCAUGAGCUUGAGAAAAGACAAAAGGCUCAAUCGUCGGAUCCUGAUCAUAGCAGUUUACAAUGAAGAUGCCAGUAUGGUCAGAUUUUGGCUGGGUGCAAGGAAGACAAUGGACAAAGCUGGUCUCGAAGACAUUGGGGACCUCGCCGAAGCUUACUGUCACGCCGCCAGCUGUUUUCCAAAUGAAACUAUACCGAACAUACUUCUUGCUGAUCUGGUACAGCAGAGACGUGCAAUCAAGGACAUGAUAGAAAAGCAUGGUGUCGAGCUUAUGUGCAGCAUGCGCCCAGACACAUUACCAGAUGCUCAUGUGCACUGUUGUUUAUCAGCGCUUGAAGAGCGAGGCGUUGAAGUCCCCGCUGCCUUGUAUCCGAUAACAGAAAGAGUUUAUUGUGCACAAAAUCUUAAAAAAGUAUCCUAUGCUGGAGCAUAUGCAUUAGAACGACUAUUCGAUAGCGGAUUCGAGGAUGUGUUUGGCGAAAAGGUGCCGUGUCAUCGCGGCACGGCGGGUCUCUCGCCUGUAGUAUGCUUCGCAGCUUUUGUCAAUCUUGGUAAUCCACGUCGAAUUGAUGGCCACGAUGUGCUUAAAUGGCUUCUUGAAAAAGGUGCUAAUCUGAAGGAGCGAUGCGACGGCUGGAGUACAACUGCGGCACACUUCAUUGCGGACCAGAUCCACUUAGGCCCGAGACUGCAUGAUACUCUAGAUCCCUUGGAAGUAUCGGCCCUCCUUACAGAUUCACCGGAUGAUUACACAUGCUUUUGUAGCAGCAGAGGUUGUUUGCCCAUAACUGCAUUCUGGAAGGCUUCGUUCGUCAAUGAUAUUGGGUAUCGUACUAAAGAGGAGUCGAGCUUCACAGAAUGGGAGGUCGAGAAGCAAAGAUCAUCCAUACUGAGGACUAUUGACAAGAUCAGGAAAUGCACCGAUACGGGCACUCACAGGUGGAUCAUCCCAGAGAUCAUUCGCUCAAUCCUGUUCUUAUUGCUGGGCAUGCGCCACACUUGUUGUAACAUUGCGGACAUCGCGUUUCAAAUCACAAGGGAGACGGAGAAGGAUCCGCAAGAUCAGACGAUAAGGAGAACAUUAAAUCUCGAAGAUCGCUCAAUACAUCAGUCCGCAAAUUACAUCCAGCGCGUCAAGAAAGAAGAUGCCUAUCUUAUCUCUCUGCUCGAACAACUUAUCCCAGAAUUCGACACCGCUUUCGACGCUUUCAAAGGCAAUCUAACGGAGUUUGUGGAUACUCAGAUGUGGCCCAGAAUGAUGGAUAUCUUGCAAAAGCUGAAAGAAGAGGACAAAGUGAAAUUCGGCCAAAAGAGAUGGGAGAUGGGCGUAGUGAUGGAGACUGAUGGUGAAGAGGACGACGAAAUUUCAACGAAUGAGGCAGACGAUGAAUCUGGCGUUCUGGAUACAAUUGGAGAGGAUCUCGACUCUGAAGAUGACUAG